ACGUCGGCGGACUGUGUGCCUGCGCUGAGGAAGGGUGCGUGUCCCCAGUGUCCGCUCCGGUCGCCCGGUUAGGAAUGCGCCUCACGAACCCGGUGUGUGGUGUAAUAUUUGACGAGCCGCCAGCGGGGACUGUGGUCUAAGAAGAGUCAUGGUUUGGCAUCGCUUAUACCAUUAGUAUCUCAGCGUGCAAGUUUGAUUCAUUGAGCUAGCUGGCGUUAGCCCGCUUCGUUGAUUCAUAGCACGCUAGGUCGCUAGCUUUAGUCUGUAGCAUACGUGCUAGCCGGCUAGCUAGCUAGUAAGCUAGUUUCAGUGUGCUGCUGGCCAAUCCAGUCAAACAGGAGAGAACCAGACCGACUGCUGAACCCAGCCGCUAUUUCGGAAAGAGGAGGUGGUGGCAGGCGGGGGCCGGGAGAACGCGACGGGGUGGAAGUGAGUCAGGAGCGGCUGAUGAGUUCAGAUCAGAGCGUAGAGCCGCCGCUGCUGCAGGAGGAGGCUGAUCCCGGACCGAAGACCGGUGGGAAGGACGAGGCUCCGCUGGGGAGCGAGGGAGGGUCAGGCGGCAUGGUCACCUCUAAGGGCGCCGGUUUGAACCCAAAUGCCAAGGUGUGGCAGGAGAUGCCUGUGGCCCCCAGCGAGGCUGUUACCAACAGCCCUCAUUGGCCCCCCUCAGACAUCAGUGAGGGUUAUUCUGAGCCUUCAUCUGCUGGGUGCAAGCAGUACCCUGUGGGAUUCACGGCCCUGGAUGACAGCAGCUCCACAGCAACAGCUGAGAUAGCAGUAAAUGGAAUGGACCCUCCAGAGUUGGGCUUUUCCCCCGCUGAGUCCACCACAGGGACCUCAGUGGAUUCCAAAACUGAAGAACAAUCUCCGAUCUCCUCUGAGAAUCUUCGAGAGUCUCUGAAGAAGGAGCUGGAGUUUUAUUUCUCCAGAGAAAACCUCUCAAAGGAUCUGUACCUGAUGUCCCAGAUGGACAGUGACCAGUUUGUCCCUAUUUGGACUAUAGCCAGCAUGGAGGGCAUCAAGGUCCUCACCACUGACAUAGACCUCAUCCUGGAUGUGCUGAGAUCCUCUCCUAUGGUACAAGUGGAUGAGAAAGGGGAGAAAGUACGUCCUAAUCACAAGCGGUGCAUUAUCAUCCUGAGGGAGGUCCCUGAAACCACACCUGUCGAGGAAGUUGAGUCACUAUUCAAAAAUGACAACUGUCCAAAGGUGAUAAGUGUUGAGUUUGCACACAACAACAACUGGUACAUCACAUUCCAAUCAGACACAGACGCCCAACAGGCAUACAAGUAUUUAAGAGAGGAAGUAAAAACAUUUCAGGGAAAACCCAUCAUGGCCAGGAUAAAGGCCAUCAACACAUUCUUUGCGAAGAAUGGCUACCGUAGCAUGGACAGCAGCCUGUAUGCUCAGCAGUCCCAGAGCCAGUCCCAGUACAGCUCUCCGCUCUACAUGCAGCACGUCUACCCUCAGCAGCAGUACCCAGUCUACGGCAUUGUACCUCCCACCUGGACGCCUUCGCCCACACCGUAUUUUGAAACUCCUCUGGCACCGUUUCCCAACAGUAGCUUUGUGAAUGGAUUUGGCUCUGCAGGACACUACAAAACUGGCUCCAGUUCUCUUAAUAUCACACGCCCAUUCAACAGAAACCGUGUCCCCCUCUAUUCAAGAAAGAAUGUAAUAAAUGCCUUCAGAAACCAUGUGAAGCCCCAGGUGAGGACAAGCGAGGUGACCUCAGCGUCUAUAACUCCCGUCCCCUUGGAGAGUCUGACUGGACUACGCAGCCCGCAGCCUCCUGCUCCUGUUGUUCCCACAGUCCCCACCACUACCACUAACCCAGUCCAGACGGCCUCCGACCUGAGCUCAGCGUAUUCACAUCUCUCCUCCUCUUCCUCGUCUUUGGACCCCAGUGAUGACAGCGGCAUGGCUGGACGUGGAAGACGGAGCACAACCUACAGAGGGACACGGAGGAGGCGAGAAGAUGAACGAAUUGCGAGGCCUGUACCGCUAGCAGAGGUCAAGGUGCCUCCACCCAAGUUUGACUUGGCAGCUACCAAUUUCCCACCUCUUCCUGGCUGCGUAGUCAGCACACAGGGAGAGCCAGUACUAGAAAACCGGAUGUCAGAUGUUGUACGCGGUUUGUACAGGGACAAGACAGAACAAGCCAAUAAAGAAGCCACUGUGAGUCCAGCUUCAGGCCAACCACCAGUCGCAGAGGAGACUGUGGCCGUCUCGAGUCCUGCCCUGGCAGCAGCGAAAUCUGCUUCACAACCACUUGGACCCUCAGCCCCUGGUGUUACCCGUCAGGAGAAGAGGGUUGAACGGGCAGAGCCUCCCGCUCCAAAAGUGGCUCCACGCACACCUGUUCAAACCACCGUAAACCCGCCCCCCACCACGCAGCCCGUGCCUAGCUCCAGGCCUCAGUCCUCUGCUGCCUCCACGCCAGCGACACCGAGCACGCCGACCACUGCUACAGCCACUAUACCCACCCCUGCACAGGAGCCUCGCAAGCUCAGCUAUGCUGAGGUCUGCCAACGGCCACCCAAGGACCCUCCACCUGCGGCCCCUGCCCCAGCUUCCACAGGCACCACGACGGGCCAGCCUUUACGCGAGCUGCGCGUGAACAAGGCCGAGGAUCCGGGCUCCAGCAGUGGUCCUGGAGACAAGCAAGAGAAAGGCCACGACAGGGAGGGGGGAUGGGAAUGCAAGGAGAGCCGACCACCACGUGAACGUGACUCUCAAGGCUACUACCGCAGCAACGGCCCCAGAGGCACCGGGGGCCUCAAAUUUCGGGACCAGAGGCGCCCACCUCCGGCCCGACGCAGCUCCCCCCAGGGAGGCUACAGGCACACUGGCAAAGAGCAGAAUAUCCCACCAGUAUCGCCAAAGUAAAAACUUGAUAUUAAUAGAAAAAAGAUGUAUGAAUAUAUACAUGGAUAUAUAUAAUUAUAUAAAAAUGAAUAACAUAAAAGCAACAACAUUAUGGUAGCCACCUUUCCCCCCCUGGAACUUGUCCACAGAAAAGCUUUUAAAAUGACAAUAAGACCGGGACAUCCAGGACUAAUGGGCAAAAUGACACCUGAAGAACUUUGAGUGAUUCGAAAAGGAAACAAAAAUCAUGUUUUGGCCUCCAGCAUUAUGCUUAAAAGAAUUUAAGUGCGAUUUACCUGGAGGCCGUCUCAUUUAUGCUCAACUAGGGAGAGGUGGGAUGCUGGGCCGCGUAAACGGCCUCUACCUUUUUUUUUUUUUUUUUUUUUUUUAUUUUAAAGAAUAGAUGUCUGCAAGAACAAUAUGCACUAAGAAGAAAAGAACAUGCAUAUAUGUCAUGUACAUAUACAAAGAUAUCACUAACACGCAAUGAGACAUCAGUUGUUUUUUUCUUGUGUGCUUAGGUUUGCAAGUAUGACUGAAGGGUUGACUGAUGUCUGUGUAUGCAUUGAUUGUUAAGCAACAUGAUUGAAGUGCUACAGUGUGCUGUUGCACUGAUGUAAUGAAAUGGAUGAUUUUUACAUCAGAGACUCUGAAUCAUUGUCCUGGAACUGGACAGUGUGGUCUUCUAAUGUAUAUUAAUGAAAUGUGUUCUAUGGUGGUAUUUUGAUCCUGGUUCAUAAUUGGCUUAAAUUGUAUCAGUCGGAUAUCAGAAACUGUCGAUGUACGCCGCAGUCAGAUGUGUGGUUUUGUUUGAAGCCGAAAUCCACUUUGGGGUGCUCACUGGCCUGUUAGCCACGGUGAACCUGCUAGCCUGGUCCAAAGUUUUUCAUGUUAAGUUUUAUCUCCAUCUAUCUGAACCGUUUUUAUGGGGUCGACCCACUCUGAUGGAUUCAGAACAUUUGUCAUGUUGAUAAUCAGUCAGGUUCUCUGUUUACAUGUAUGUUUUUUGGUAGUAGGGUGAUGUUUUCCAGAGAGAAUAAAAGACUAGGUUAAUGAUGAGAUUUGACUGUUCAGUGCGCCUGGUGGUUUAGGUGAGGUUUGGCUUUUCUACAUCAUCACAGGAUAUCCAGGUUAAGCUUAUAUCUGUGAAUUGUUCUUAACAAUGGCAUAGUGUCAAAAAUAGACUGAGCAGUGCUGUUAGCUGAGGAUGAUAGCUACAUGAUGUUUGGCAGCCAAGUCGUGGGUAUAAAGAAAAUUGGAAUAUUUUCACGUGCUAUGUGCCAGCUGCCUACGAUCAUAGUGUGCUAGGAUAAAGUUUUGAUUUUUAUUGACGAGGUCUGCUAAAAUAAUGUAGUCUUGGGGAAACUUUUGGCCCAGUGAAACUGGAUUUUGAAGAAGCUGUAGAGGUGUAGUUGCCUAUGCUAUAUUGUGAUAACCCUUCACUAGAAAAUGUGUGUGGGAGAAUGUAAUUGUAAUAGUACUGAAUUUACAGAGGGAGGCUUUUGACAGCAGGUAUCCACCAGAUUGUUUUGUGCUUUUAGGGUGAGUUUGCUGUUUUGUUUUGUUUUUUUUUUGUUUUUGUUUUUUUCCUUUGUUUUUUUUCUUUCUUUUUUUAAUUUUGAAAAACAAAUGAUUGACUUAGAAUUUGAAGUUUGACUCACUGUAUGUAUUGCUUUUUAAAUUUUAUUUAUUUUAAUUCUGAUGCACAACGCUUUUCUCCCAAUCUUGGUAGGCUGGUUUCCCCAAAGUUGUGUGAAAUCGCAUUGGCAAAAUAAAAUCACGCAUAUGACAUUUAUAUACUGUUGGACAUGUCAGCUGAGCGAAAAAUACUUGAUGCAUUGACUUUGGGUUUAAUAAUGCAGUAAAACGAGUAACCAAUCACUGGGGCUGUUAUUUCUUUUUCAUUAAUGAGUAUGAGCAGCUAGUGAUUUAGUAUAAUUAAAUAAAUGCACUAACUUGUUUUUAAAAAGAAUCUUACUCAUGAGUAAUGUGAAUCAUUUUAGAAGCAUAUGGUUGAUGUUGACAGGCUUGCAAAUACCUACAGGACCCCCCCCCCCCCCCUCAUCUGUUUGGGUUAUUUUCUGUUAAUUUGGGUUGGGGUGGCAAAAAGGAAGUAUAGUAAUGGAUCAACCAAGUGUUUGAGACACAAUCCUAGAACUGUAUGAAAUGUCACCAAAAAUAAAUUAUUUUGAUUUGG